UCUUCAACUCGAUAUCCAAACGAUAAAUUCCCGCCCGCGGAAUGACGUCUGCGAUGAUUUCCCGCGAUAAACUGACAACCCACCAGACUGUUUGUUUACCAUUACCAUUUUUUACACAACCGACCGUCGCCUUUUAAAAAAACCCAACAUAAAGUCAACACCAGUACAUCGCGCGGGCUUUGAUUUCUAUACGAUGGUCACCAGGCUGCUUUCCUCCCUCAUCUCUGUGUUCCUCUUGCUGACCGGGGGGCCGGGACUGACCACCACACUCACCCUCCCUCGCCACACCCAGAAUCAAGAGUCUGUACCGGUCACUCUAGAGAUCCACGACCCCACGGGCAGACAAAAAAGAAGCGCAGGGGAAACAACUGCCGAAAAUAUCCAAGUGAAGGUGACCUCUCCAUCUGACGUCACGAUACUCUACGUGAAACGUGAACGACGUCACGUGACCACGCCUAAAAUUUACAGUGCUACUAAAAAUGGUUUUUUUGAGGAGGAGACAAUGAAAGCAGGAGAGAGUAUUUUAUACGUAAACGACACAGUCAAAACGACUCUCACCCUGACGCAAAAUAACAUGACGUCACAGAAAUUUUAUGGAAGCUUUAUUAAAGAUGGCCAUGUACAUCUAAUCGAACCGGACCCCUUGGCGGGCCCGGUGGAGGGGGAGGAAGUAGGACCCCACGUGGUCAAUAGGAUAGAACUGGUCGUCGAUUACUUCCGGGACGCCGUGGUCAUUCAAGAUAAUGAGGAUUUACCGCUGAAGGAAGACAGCCAGAGAAUCAGUCGCGAAAGACGUCACGUGACACUACGUACCAUUCGAACAGAUCCCAAUCAACAAAACCGAGAGCGUCGUCAAGUGAUUAAGAACGACCUGUAUGUGGAGUAUGGGAUCGUAGCAGACUACAAGAACUACCAGAGAUGGUUUUCCACCACGAAUAGCAGUCUAUCAAACUCUGAGAGAGAUCACGUGACAAAGACACGGAUGGUGGAAUUUUACGAUCACGUAGUCAACUCGAUAGACGCUAUAUUCCGGUCGGCAGAUAGUGAAAAAUACACAUUUAACAUUAUUCUCUCUGGCAUCGUCAUCUUCAACGAGACCAACAGUCCGCCUUGGACCCAGCACCACGCUGUGUGCCCCGGAUGUGACAUUGUAGACGACUACGAGGUGCUCAGACAGUUCUCUGAUUGGUCGAAACAAUUCCUACAGAACAUCAUACCACAUGACCACGCCGCACUGUUUACCGGGUUUGACUUAUACUACAAAGAUCUGGAUUCCCCCAAAACAAUAGGUUUGUCGUUCCUGAGUCGGAUGUGCACUAACUGGUCAGUGUCUGUGAUAGAGGAGAAGAUGAACGCUCUCACAGUGCACGUCGCAGCGCACGAACUCGGACACAAUUUUGGGGCCUCUCAUGACGGAAGUCAGAACGCAGCGGUGUGCACGGCCACAGAUCUCAACCUGAUGGCGUCCAAGAUGUCACGUGUGACGGACCCGACCAAGGCCCGCAACCCUUGGACAUUCUCCGCCUGCUCCCUCAACAGUAUCUAUGAAUACGUGGACAAAUUGACUAGGGAGAGACGGAACUGCUUGCUUGGAGUCCCUGCAUUACAAAACAGAAACUUCCUUCCACAGCCGGGUCUUGUUUACUCAGCAGACGAACAAUGUCAGAGUUCCUAUGGCAACCGUUCACGUGUUUGUAGAAAUUAUCACCAUGGAGAUUGGAACACACUUUGUUAUGGACUUGCUUGUUUAGUACCCAAACAAUCAGAAUGUCACGUGAUAUUUCCCCAUGAUGGGACACCAUGCGGAUAUCAGAAGUGGUGCAUACAAGGACUUUGUGUAAACAGUUCAAAGGCCAGUAAGGUUUCAGACGACUGUCCGCUUGGUGAUGACCCGUUUGUGACGUGUUCACCGUCUGAUUGUAAAACAGGAAGCGGAAGACAUGGCGACUGUUGUCACUACUGUCAACAACUUAAAACAACAACAACAACAACAGAAAAUCCAACAACAACAACAACAGAAAUUCCAACAACUUCACUUAGCACUAGCACAACAACAUUUACAGAUAAUAAAUCGGUUUCAGAAGAGGACAAUCCUGAUAUUACUACACAUGUAAACACAUGGAGACCGACCUCAACAUCUCCUCACUCCAGUAACACCACAUCAUCCCAAAACGCCACUCCAGGUCCAAACACCACCACUCGCCCUGUUCCUGGAUCCACCCCAGUCGCAGACAACACCACCCAUUUUGUCUCUGGAACCACCACCUACAGCACGAGGUCCACCCCCCAGACGAUGAGUCAUAUACCGAUCAUCACACCCCACCUAGAGGCCUCGGUGGGCGUCUUCCUGUCCCUGGUCGCUUUACUGUGAUGUAGUUCUGUUAGCUUUUUUUAAGUACAUUUCUUUUGAUCUUGAUUAUGUGAUGCCAUAGUAUGACUCCAUUUUAAUGUGACAAUGAAGUCGUCAUCCGGUGCAGCUUUAGCUAUGUAGAUACGUUCGUGUUCAUGUUUAGUGGCAACCCCUCACAAGUUGUUUUUCACAAUAAAUGUUUCUAAAAUAUUAAUAGAAACAAAUUUAUCAAAGUUUAUCACAACAAAGCCUAUCUCUAUUGAAACAUGAAAAGAAAUUGCCCUCGCGUUCUUUUUGCUUAUUAUUGCGAACUCUAUCCCAACACUGUGCUUUAAGUUUUGGUCUUGGCAUACCUUUUGCUUUGCUAACUAGAACCAUUUUAACAAGAGCUUGGACUUUGGGUACUUGUGUUAAACAGCAAUGUGACGUAGGCCUGUCUAUUUCAUUGUCAGCCACUCAGCCAUAGCUCUCUGAAAUCAACAAGAUUUGUCUGGCUUUUGAGCAAGGACUACGCAAUCGGUGCAAAUUUCGCUUGAAACCGCGUCAUGUUUAACUUGUUUUGACGCAGGAAAUACAUAGCUACGUCCUACUGAAAGUCCAAGGUCUUGUUAAAAUGGUUCUAAUUUCUUUUACACCUGUAAUAGGCAUAUGUCUUGUGAUACCAAAUUUUAGAGAAAACGAAAUAAAAAUAACACGUAUUUUUGCUUUAUUUUAUUUAGUGAGAUAAUUGUACUCGGCAAUUGAACGGAGGACUCUUUUCCGUUCGUAUAGUACAACAUUUGCACAAACGUCUGCUUUUAAAGAACACUAAUCAAGGUCGGUCAAAAACAGACUGGCUCUUAAACUAGGAAUAUCCGUUUUGGAAAAUGACUUUUUCUUUGAAGGAGAUGGAACCAUAAUGCUUGCAUGAACAGCGGACAUCCUGCACGAAGAAGCCAUUGAUCGAGAUUCUUGCUCUGGUAGGCUGUUGAGAUUCCCAAAAUUUAAACAUCUGCCAUCAUUUGCUCCUUCAUAGUACAAAAGUUUAAAAUCUUGUUUUGAUUCACAAAUAGCAGACAAGAUUUCUCUAGGACACACUUUCCUCGCAUAAUUUUCACCAUGUAAUCAAGUCAAAGAAAUCAGCUUGAUAGAAGGGGUGUUGGGUUUUUACAAACGGUCGAUGGAAUAAUGAGCAUAUUUAUUACAUUCCAGUCAAAACAUCCACAUAUUCUGAGGUUAAGGAAUCAUAUACUGUAGUGUAAACAAUUAAAAAAAGAUAACUAUAAAACAACACUUUAUUUUCAACAUUGGUAAGAUUCCAAACAUGAAUAUCUUAUUUCUCUUAAUAUUUCAUUAUGGUUGCAUGUCACUUCAAUCUUGCAUCUAUAAUUACACAAUAGUAUGCAAACCCCUGAUAGGAGACCUUGUAGAAAAUAACUCCUUUAUACUUUCUUCUUUUUUUUUUUU